ACAAACAAUUGCGGUUCCUUGUCGCUCAUCAGACAGCUUUGUGGGUAAAUUGUUUUUUAAAGUUACUUUUUGUUUGUUUUUCCUGACCAAAAAUAUUUUUAUCUCCCAACUCCAUCUGGACGAACAAGAAAUGAGCGAGAAGUCUUCCACGCCAACUUUGAGAAGACAACAUCGGUACCGCACACGAGCUGCCCCCUCUCAGAGCUCAUCACAUUCAUCGCCAAAUGCACCAGUGCAGAAGCAGACGGGCAAAAUUAUUCAAAUUGUCACCAAAGAUCUCAUACGGAAACUCAGGGUUCCAUGCGGUGAUCCCUCGAGACAGUCCAUUAUUUUGCCAUCGGGUACCUUCGAGCAGAUCACCUCCAGAUCCAAUCUUCUCUCUAUGGAGGCGCACAAGAACAGGAAAGAGAACGAAAUGCGGGCAGCCGAGGAAAGGAAGCGGCAGAUGUUGGAGGCCGAUAUGUCCCGUCGGGAGAAGCGGGCUCUGAGUGAGGUGGAGCUGGAGGCUCACGAGCGAGGACGGCAUCUGCUGAUGCGAGCCAACACCCUGAGAAUGGAGCAGGAGGAGGAGAUUAGACGACUCAACAAGGCGAUUCUGGGUGCUCAGUGCCAAGCCACACGUGAUGCCCAAAUCCAGGAAAAGAAACAAAUCCAGAUGGAGAUGUUGGAAGAGGAGAAGCGUCUGGAUGCCAUGAUGGAAGCGGAGCGCCGCAGACUUCUGGACAAAGUAGAGAAGAUUGAUGAGCUGCGCAAGCAAGAGAGGAUCAGGGGGAAACAACAAAUCUUUGAGCAGAUCCAGCAGCGCCAGGAGGAGAAGCUGGUGCAAGAGGAGCUGAAAGAGCAGGAGAAACAACAGACCAGAGAAAAGGAAGCCAGGAUGAACCUGGAGGACCUCAUGGCCGUGGAGAAGAGGAGGUCGGAACAAAAGAGUCUGCACCAGGAGGCCAUGCGCAUCAAUGCCGAGACACUCAGGGCGCAGGAGCUGAGGAGAGAAGAAGAGAAGCUGGCAGACAUCAGAGAAAUGGAAUACAUCAAAAACAAACUGCAACGAGAGGCCGAGUAUGAAGCAGAACAGAGGAGGAUGAAGAGGGAGAAGGAGUUAGAGAUCGCCCGACUGAGAGCUCAGCAGGAGAGAGCGAGAGACCACAAGGCUGAUCAGGAUGAACUCCGUGCCAAGAGGAACCAAGAAAUUGCGGACAGAGAGUGGAGGAGGAAAGAAAAGGAGUUGGCUGCUAAGAAGGCUCAGGAGGAGGCCCUGCUUCGAGCUGCUCGCCUGGAGCAAGUUCAGCGAAAGGAGCAGCUCCUGUCCAUGGAGGCCGGCCGGGAGAAGGCCGAGUUCGAGAGAGUUUUAAAAGUUCAACAGGAGGCGAACGCCAGACAGAAGGAAGAGGAUGAAAAGCAGCAUCAGAAAGCACUCCGCCAAGCGGAGGCCAUUCGGCAGCAGGUGAAGGAGAUGCAGCAGUUAAACGCUGCUAAGCGCAAGGAGGCGCUAAAGGAAGCGGAGAAACUGAGCGAGGAGGCCGGGCGGCGACACAAACACAUCAACGACCUCAAACAGAGGAAGCUGAAGGAGCUCAAGGCAACUGGGCUCAGUGACAAAUACUGCAGUGAAGUAGAAAAGAAGGCUUGGCUGCUUUGAUUCACUCGGAUUACGUCUACGCAGCAUCAACAAGCAAGAGCAAUGUUCAAAUAAACAUAUGGUAGCUUU